GGUGUACUCUCGACGCGGCGUGGUGCGGCCGGCCAAGUCGACGACAGCGCGCUACAGCCGCGCUAGCGGCACUAUAGGCGUGUCGGGACGCGCGGCGCGGCGGAGGAGUUGACACAUGUUUACGCACGGGGCCAGGCCGCAGCUUCCUGCAGCCGCCGUCGGUACAAUGCAGUAGGGAAGCGUGUCAUGUUACGCUGAAUGCGCUUCAGGCGGCCUUUUGCACCUAGAUCAUCACAUCUCUGCUAUAAAGUGAAGAGUGUUUCUUGCUCGCACCAAGAGCUGAUUUUCUCACUCUCCCUCACAAACAUCUCAGCCCAUCUGUUGGAGCCCCAAUGCCAAGGUUGUUUCAUAACCAGGAAUUCAUCACUUGUCUUCUACGUUGAGUGACGUGACCGCUUUCGCUUUGGAAAGGAAUCAUUCCCGUCUUCGGUGACUCGGAAGAUUUUUCUGGCAUUUUGGAAAUUUCACUUUCAGCAUCGUCCAAGACAGACACACAGAAAAGUGGACAGCUUUUUAUUGUUUUCAGGAGAAAGCAGGCAAUUCUCACCUUAGUUUCUUUUCUUAACAGCUUUCAGCCAUGCUUCACCUGUGUAUACUCAGCAGUCCCACUUAAAAAAAAGCAUUUCAAAAUUUUUUUGCAACACCUCAUCUUACUCUAGUAUGAGUUAUGACAACUCUAAGUCAACGCCCAGCAGUAGUAGUCGGGGGCGAGGAUCAAGGUCCGAUGACAAAGACAAUGACCAGGGAGCAGAGUCAGAAGGGUUGAAGUCUCCACUGGCCAGCAGUGGUCAGUCCAGUGGCAGCGUUAGCAGCCAGAAGCAGGACAAUGGGGAGACAGGAGAAUCAUCCCCCAGUGGAGGAUCGGGAUCUGGAGGUUCUUCUGGCGACCGGAGGGGCCCCAACUCGGACGACAUGGACGGCCUGUCCAGCGGGAACGACUCCGGGGAGCGGGAGAGCGAAGGCGGAAUGGAGCGGGAGAACAGGUCCCGUGGGCCCCAGUCCACACGCAGCUCCCACAGCUCGUCGAACGGCAAGGACUCUGGCAUGAUGCUGGAGACCACCGAGAGCAACAAGAGCUCAAACUCCCAGAGUCUGUCGCCUCCCAGCAGCUCCCUGGCCUACAGCCUGCUGUCCACCAGCACCGAGCACGACCACCCCUCCACCUCUGGCUGCAGCAGCAACCAGUCUGCCAGGAUCCAGACUCAGAAGGACCUAAUGAAGGCCAUCAAGGAGCUGAAGCUCCGUCUGCCAGCUGAACGCAAGGCCAAGGGCCACUCCAGCACUCUGAAUGCCCUCAAGUAUGCACUUCAGUGUGUCAGACAAGUCGGAGCCAACAAGGAGUACUACCACCAGUGGAGCGUGGAGGAGUGUCACGGCUGCAGCCUGGACUUGUCCACCUUCACAAUUGAGGAGCUUGACAAUAUCACAUCAGAAUACACCCUCAAAAACACAGACACGUUCUCCAUGGCUGUGUCCUUCAUGUCUGGGAAGGUGGUGUACGUGUCACCCCAGGGCUCGUCGCUGCUGCGCUGUAAGCCAGAGUGUCUCCAGGGGACUGUGUUUUCUGAGCUCCUGGCCCCGCAGGACGUCAGCACUUUCUACAGCAGCACGGCACCCUGUCGCCUGCCCACGUGGGCCUCCUGCAUCGGGUCUGCUUCUCCUCCAGUCGACUGCACUCAGGAGAAGUCCAUGUUCUGCCGGAUCAGUGCUGACCGGACACAUGGUGGAGACAUGCGCUACUACCCGUUUCGCCUCACGCCCUACCAGCUCACCAUCAGAGACUCGGACGCUGCUGAGCCCCAGCCCUGCUGCCUGCUCAUCGCAGAGAGGGUCCACUCUGGCUAUGAAGCUCCUCGCAUCCCCCCAGACAAGAGGAUCUUCACCACAAGCCACACUCCCAGCUGUCUCUUUCAGGAAGUUGAUGAGAGGGCGGUACCGCUUUUGGGCUACCUGCCUCAGGACUUGGUGGGAACCCCCACCCUGCUCUACAUUCACCCUGAGGACCGACCCAUGAUGGUGGCUAUACAUGAAAAGAUUUUUCAGUUCGCGGGGCAGCCGUUUGACUAUUCACCUCUGAGGAUGUGCGCUCGUAACGGGGAAUAUCUGACCAUCGACACUAGCUGGUCUUCCUUUGUCAACCCCUGGAGCAGAAAGGUGGCCUUCAUCGUAGGGCGCCACAAAGUCAGAACGAGCCCCCUUAAUGAAGACGUCUUCACGCCACAGAGCUGCGAGGGCCAGGUCACCACGCCUGACAUCGUCCAGCUGAGCGAGCAGAUCCACCGCCUCCUCGUGCAGCCUGUUCACAGCGGCAGCUCUCAGGGCUACAGCUCUCUGGGGUCCAGCGGUUCACGAGGCUCCCGCCGUUCACACCAGCAGCAUCUCAGCGCUUCAGCGGCCUCCUCCAGCGACAGCAACGGCCCCGCAAUGGAUGAGGCGGCUGUCGGUGUCACUGUACAUAAGCCUAUGACGUUCCAGCAGAUCUGCAAAGAUGUUCACAUGGUCAAGACCAAUGGACAGCAAGUUUUUAUCGAGUCCCGCAACCGGCCACCACCCAGAAAAAACACCACCACCAGUGCAGCUUCUGCAGGCAUUAGGGCCAUCAACAGUGACCCAAUCAGGGGCCUGAUAGCAGAUAUGACAAGCCCUCCCCGAGCAUUGGUCCCUGCGCCUCUUGUGCAGAAGGAGCCCACUACUGGAUACUCCUACCAGCAGAUCAACUGCCUGGACAGCAUCAUUAGGUACUUGGAGAGCUGUAACAUUCCCAACACAGUGAAAAGGAAGUGUGGCUCCUCCUCCUGUACUGCCUCAUCCACGUCUGAUGACGACAAACAGGAAGCCAGUAACAACAACAAAGGAGGGUCAGUUACCCUCGUCGGUGAACCACCUCCUCUGCCUCCGCUCACCAUGGCCACAAAGGCAGAGAGUGUAGCGUCAGUCACGUCACAGUGUAGCUUCAGUAGCACAAUCGUUCAUGUUGGAGACAAGAAGCCUCCUGAGUCAGACAUCGUCAUGGAGGAUGCUCCUAUAAUCCCCACACUGGCUCCUCCCACCACAAUGCCAACUCCUCCCACCAGCGGGCUGACCCCUCCCACUAACACGGCCAUCACCUUUCCGCCUCCGCCGCCUCCACCCCUUCCCCCACCUGCAGCACCUCAAGCUACGCAGCCAGAGAGGGACAGCAGGAGGAGUGGAAGUGUUGGAGGAGGUGGCGGAGCAGCGGGAGGGAGUGGAGGAGGCCGCCUCGGCCUGACAAAGGAGGUGCUGUCAGCCCACACCCAGCAGGAGGAACAGGCCUUCCUUGAUCGCUUCAAGGACCUCAGCAAGCUGCGUGUGUUCGAUCAGACGGUGUCCUCAACUGUGCACUGCCGCACCCCUGCUGCCAACCCACGGUCCCGAGGAGUGCGUUGCUCUCGGGACUACCCAGCUGCUGGAGGUAGCACUGGCCACAGACGUGGUCGCGGUGGCAAGAGGCUCAAGCACCAGGAGUCAUCUGAGCAGCACAGUUCUCUAGGCUUCAGCGGGAGCCGCCAUGACCCCAGGGCAAAUGCUGCCCCAAUGCCCCUCAACAUGCCCCUCGGACCUCCAACCAACUCCUCAUCUUGGCCAUCCGUAGGCUCCCAGGCCAGCAUUCCCUCUAUGCCCUUUGCCCCUGGUAUGCUUCCAAUCUACCCCAUGUACCCACCCCUCGCGCAGCCUUUACCCAUUCAAGAUCCCUCACGGUUUCCCUCAAGCCCAAUGGUGCCUCCCAUGAUGGCUCUUGUCUUGCCCAACUACAUGUUUCCUCAGAUGGGAGCUCCCAUCCCUCAGCCAGGCCCUGUCCCUGGACAAUUCUACAAUCCCAAUUUCACUUACCCUGGUGCUGCGCCAGCCCCCGUCCCCACUCUCAUCUCCAACACUAUGCCCAUCCCAGGCACCGGCGCCCCUUCCCGUAGCAGCACUCCUCAGUCCUACAGUCAGACACCUGCUGACCGAGAGGGUGCGGAGUCCCCCCUCUUCCACUCUCGAUGCUCCUCCCCUCUAAACCUGCUACAGCUGGAGGAGUCACCCAGCAACAGGUUAGAGGUGGCCACGGCACUGGCAGCAUCACAGCAGGCGACUCCGUCCGUGCCGGGCGGUGCAGCCAGUGGACAAAGCUCAGCCAAUCAGAGGAGCUCUGAAGACACCUCCAAGGAGAAUGAGAACGGCGAGGCUAAUGAGUCCAACCCCGAUGACAUGUCCACCUCGAGCGACCUGCUGGAUCUGUUGCUGCAGGAAGACUCUCGCUCAGGCACCGGCUCAGCUGCUUCAGGCUCAGGUUCCUCAGGCACAAGGUCCUCUGGUUCAGGUUCUGGCUCCAACGGCUGUAGCUCCUCUGGCACCAGCGGCACCAGCAGCAGCCAGGGAAGCCACACCAGCAAGUACUUUGGUAGCAUUGACUCGUCGGAGAACGACCACUCCCGCAAACAGACAGCAGGGGGCAGCAGCAGCGGCCAAGGAGAUGGCGGUGAGGAGCAGUUCAUCAAGUGUGUCCUGCAGGACCCCAUUUGGCUGCUGAUGGCCAACACGGAUGACAAGGUCAUGAUGACCUAUCAGCUGCCCGUCAGGGACAUUGAGACGGUGCUGCGUGAGGACCGAGAGGCCCUGAGGAACAUGCAGAAACACCAGCCUCGCUUCACAGAUGAGCAGAAGAGGGAGCUGAGUCAGGUUCACCCCUGGAUCCGCACAGGACGUCUCCCUCGAGCCAUCAAUAUUUCUGGCUGUGCCGGCUGUAAGUCCCCCCCCAGUGUGCCUCCCGCUGCCCCAUUCGAUGUGGAAAUCCAUGAGAUGGAACUGUGCAGUGUGCUGAAGGCGCAGGAGGAGGACGGCAGCAAGGACAAGAAAGGUCACUCAGAAACCGCCAUGGAUGAAAUUCAGGCAGAGGAGGAUGACGAGGAAGAGGAAGUAGAAGAGAAAGGCAGCAAAGACAUGGCAGCAGAGGAGCAGAAAGCGUCCUCAGAUCCUGUGGAGAAAAAGGCGGAUGCUCAGCCGCCCGAGUCUGACAUGACUCACUAAGUGGGUGGCCAAAGAUAGAAAACACUAUCGUGACUUUUCUGAGCCGAUACACAGAUUAUGCACACUCUAGGACUUUGUGUCUCUGUAUGUGCUGGGACUCGGAGGUGCAUAAUGAUGAAGACAACUGCCAUUUGUUAUGUAACAGUCACGGCUUUGAUGGCGACACACUGGGUAUGCUGAAUAACUUUAAAUGCCAGAAAGGAUGUGCACACUCGGUUUUAGAGAGUGAGUUAGGAUACUUUCUGUUUCUUGUAGUUUUCUGCAUAUUUAUUGAAGUUGUAAAAUAAUCGGGACUAAGGUGAAUGUGUUAAAAAACGCCUUUACUUAAAGAUGGGUGUCGUCCUUGACAUUUCAUCCUCGUUUCUUCUUUUUGAAUGUUUCCCAGGUUGCCUGGGAUCCAGCUCCCACUUUAAUCCUGCUUGUCUCUAAAACUGAAGGUUUUUUUAAAUAUUCUAAAUCAUACCCCAGAAAAAGAAAGAUCCCAAAAGAAGAAUAACGCAAAGUCACAACUAGUUUAUUUUGUAAAUACUGUGUAUAUUUUUAUACUUUCACUGCAUAUAGAGAGAGGACGGAUGCUUGGCGAUCGCCAGGAGGCCCUUCAGCAAGGCAUGAGUGCAUUUAUGACCGAGGAACAAGGCUUAACAGUUUUCUCACAAACUGAAGAAAUAAACCUAAACUGCCAGCACCCAAAGGAUCUGAAAAGCCGUCAGCGGAGGGAGAGCUUUUCACGCUGCCAGUGUUUAAUCACGGCAGUAAGAGGAUGUAGACAGAGGAAACUCUUGAGGAAGUGUUUAGCGUUCAGAGAGUCUUUAUAUCUUCACUUUUCCUCUCUGUCCCCCUCUCAGUCGUUCUCCGUUCUGUGGCACUGUUCUGGUCAUGUGAUAUCCUGUGCUUCAUGGCGUCCGUGAUCUCUGCAACAGUUUCUUAAUAUUUUUGUGAGAUUCUUUGUACAAUAAAAGACAAUAAAACAACUUGAAACGCC